CGACCUUCGUGCCCAUUAACAAUCGAGAAAAAUCCAAGAUGGCGGCGCCCAUGGGAAAAGGGUUUGAGGCGUUUUCACGAUUUUUAAAGAAUGAGCAUGUUAGAUACGGUAGUGCAUUUUUAAGUUUUAUGUUUUUGGGGUGGGUAGGACUUCGAGAGUUCGCUCAAGUUCGCUAUGAUGUUCACAGACGCGGUCGGAAUAUGGAAUUUGAAGAAGAGGCGAAAAAGUUCGGGCUAAAACGACGGCAGGUAAAAUCCGUCGAGGAUGAAUACGAGGAGAUGAAAAACAAAGAUUUGGAUAAUUGGUUCAAUAUUAGAGGGCCCCGGCCGGACGAAAACUCAAAAGAAAUGCAAGAGGAGCAACGAAGAAAGAUUUUGGAGUCCCAAAAUGCUACUGUCUAAAACAAACACUUUCACGUUUUAUUUGCCACUGUGCUCGGCAAUUUAUUUCUUUUAAUAUUACUAUGUUCCAACAAUACGUUUGUAUAUGCUACCAUUUUCAUCAUCUUUACAG